AUGCCUAAAGACAAGGGCUUGCAUCCUACGGCUAGUACCCAGGAACCAAUAAAACGGGUUUUUAGUGUUGAUGACGAUAUACACGAAAUUCAGCAUGAUAUUCAAUAUCUAGAAGGUUUACAGGAUGGGCUCAAGUACGCUGUGGCGAACAAAAAGGCCGGAGGAAACCAUACUCCUUCGUCACCUACGCCUCCUAUCCGGCCCUCUUCUUUGAAGCAUAGGCAAUCUUCUUUGUCGAUCUCCGAGGACAACGACAGGAUUGUUAUCCAUGACGGGGACCGUAAUUUAGUUUUAGGGGAUGAAGAAGAUCAAAGCUCUGUCGGGUCGGUGGAGUCAUACACAUUACGAGACAGACAAGAUGCGAUCAAUGAGACACAUCCUUUCGGUAUCAGGAUCUGGAAACCUGCGCUUUACAAGAAGCAUAGAUCUGUGCAAAGAGCAGCAGCCGAAGAUAUUCACGAGACAAAGUAUAAACAAAUUCCGUGGAAGGUGUCUGUAUCUAAUUUUAUUUGGUCUUGUGUGAUCGGAAUACCUCUCUUUGGCUUUCUCAGUUUAUGUAGCAUGCUGGUGUGCGUACUGGGUCUUUUUACUACAUCCGCGCGGGAGUACGCAACGGUACUAUUCAAAAUUGGCCGAUAUCUGUUAUGUCCAUUUGGGCGUGUCGUUUUGCUAAUGAAUGACCAACAAUAUCUUCAAGAAGAUCAAAAUGAGGGUAUUUCCGUGGAACAGUUUUACGGGUGGGUUACAUCCUACAGCAACAGGCUUUUUUUUCAUAGAUCUCAAACUUCUCCUUCGUCCUAUGGUUCCAUCAAUAACGAGCACCAAAGACGUUUGUUUGGCAGAGGCAAAUGGUCACUGGGGCGUCUAGCUUUUUACCUGGUAUUUUAUGUGCUUGUUCAGCCUUUGAUAUUUAUCUUAGCUGGUCUUACUUGGCUGAUAGUCUUCACAAUUCCAAUGAGCAACAUUAUGUGGAAUUUAAUGUACCAUUGUCGUAGGCAUCCCUUAGCGCUUGACAUCAAGCAGCUUUCGCAUACCCCAUCCGAUGUCGAGGACAAGGCAGUUUUGCUCUGUACAUUCCGUUGUGCCGGCCUUCACUACUACAAAUAUACCGUCGAUGGUACUAACGUUAUUGUCAUGAAUUUGGUGGCUGUUGUAAUAUUCACAAUUAUCGAGUUUUAUAUGCUUCAACCGAUUCUUCAAAUAAGCGAGUCUACAAUUUUUCUAAUGUGUCUUGUUUCCAUCAUUCCUCUUGCAUUUUACAUUGGUCAAGCCGUGGCUUCUAUAUCAGCACAAACGUCUAUGGGUCUCGGUGCUGUUAUCAAUGCAUUCUUUUCUACCAUAGUGGAAGUUUUCCUUUAUUGCAUAGCUCUUCAGCAGAAGAAAGGUUUAUUAGUUGAAGGUUCCAUGAUAGGCUCCAUUUUAGGUGCUGUAUUAUUAUUACCUGGGCUUUCAAUGUGUGGUGGGGCGCUUAACAGGAAAACUCAGCGUUACAAUCCUGCCAGUGCUGGCGUUUCGUCGACGAUGUUGAUCUUUUCUAUGAUGGUAAUGUUCGUUCCAACUAUGAUCUAUCAAAUUUACGGUGGUUAUAUAAUGGAAUGUGUGGGCUCAAGUAAUUCGAAGAAGGAGCGCUGCUACUUCCAUCAACCACCCUUGAAAUUCAAUCAGCUUUACAUUCACGUAAUCAAACCCAUGUCAAUAUUUUGUGCCGUCAUUCUAUUCUUCGCCUAUAUUAUGGGGUUGUGGUUUACUUUAAGAACUCAUGCAGCAAUGAUAUGGCAAAUUCCGGAGCGCCAGGUUUCCACAAAUGUAAAUCAAUCAACAGACAUUCAAGACGAAGACGAGGCAGGUGGUGGACACGAUGCCCCUAAUUGGUCGAGGAAAAAGUCUACGUGCAUAUUAUUGGGUGCUACCUUGUUGUAUGCAGUCAUUGCAGAGAUUCUAGUUGAUUGCGUCGAUAAUGUUUUGAAGCAAUUCCCCUCUCUGAAUCCAAAAUUUCUUGGGCUAACCGUUUUUGCGUUAGUUCCAAAUACUACAGAAUUCCUAAAUGCCAUAUCCUUUGCAAUUCACGGCAAUGUCGCGUUAUCGAUGGAAAUCGGUAGUGCAUAUGCUCUACAAGUCUGCCUACUGCAAAUUCCUGCGCUGGUUGUAUUUUCACUUCUUUACACUAUGAAUUUCAUACCAAGUGACAUAAAUAUCAGAACACAAAUGUUUUCAUUGGUAUUUCCUCGUUGGGAUUUGAUGGCUUGUAUGCUAAGUGUUUUUCUGUUCACGUACCUAUACGCUGAGGGAAAGUCUAAUUACUUCAAGGGAUCCAUAUUAAUUUUGCUUUAUUUCGUGGUUACUUUGGGAUUCUUCUUUCAAGGUGCCAUUGACGACAGCGAUUGGAGCGAUUAA